AUGUCGGUGGCCAGCACUCCCCGGAUGUUCUCGCCCUACUAUGACGAUGAGACUGUGAUGGAAAUGUCCUUGAGGAACAAGAUCCUUCAGCAAACCCUUGCGGAGAAGACGGCCGAGAUCGAGCGGCUGAAACUCAACUGUACGCAGCUAGCUGGCAAGUAUUCCAGAGCCACGAAGUAUGUAGAAGAGUGUGAAGUGAUCCACUCGGUUUUUGAGCUGGCAUUGGAUACCAUGGUGAAGCUAUUGUCCAGUGCUCUAGAUCGAGUCCAGAGGCAGCAAGGUGCCGAGAAGCUCCUGUCUAGCACAGGGUUGAAGUGCCGGGAGGAUGCGCUAAAGGCGUCACUGAUGAGCUUGGAGCAGCAGAGGGAGGAGCAGGAGAAGAGGAUCGCGCUGUUCGAAGAAGAGAUCCAGCGAUUGAAGAAGGAGGUGGAGGAUCGAGAUGCUGAAUAUCAGAACCUCGCCAAGCAUUUCAAAACGCUAGGCGAGAUGGAUCGCCGGUGGCAUGUCAAGGUGUGUAUGGACAAGGGGGGCUUGUUCAGGGAGGAAGAGUGCAACAACUACAUGAAGUGGCUUGCUCCCUUCGCCCCGCCAGUUGACCUCAACCACGAGCCCAUCGCUGAUGAGCUUGUGGAUGUGUACGGGGUCGGCCUCAAGUUGUCCAACACUGCACCCUUUGAGAUUCUAGGGAGCCACCCGGACGCGCGGGAAGCGAACGGCCUGCCCUUCAUUCCAUGGCAGGGAGAUGUGUUACUAGCCGUGGAUGGAGUCUCGGUGGAGAGGCUGACGAAGGAGGAUGUUGCCGGAUUAAUCUGUGGGCCGAAGAACAGCAUCGUUGUGCUUCAAGUGCUGAGGCAGUUUACCUACAUGUCCGAGCAGAAGUCGAAAGUUUUCCGGUUGGUGAGGAAGGAGCUGAAGGAACGAGUGGAGAUGCUCAAAGCCCGGGCUCCUCCAAGAUUCGUUCUGAAUGGGAAGGGACAUGGGAAGAGGAAGUACGAGCACUACUUCCCCCCAACAGGGAGCAUGCGCAUUGGAGAUAAGGAAGUUUGGAAGAGCUUGCUCCUGCGGGGAAAACCUCUUUCUGACGAUUCAGACCCCAGCGUGUUCAACUUCGAUGGGCACAUCCUUCAUCAGCCGACGUACAUCCAUGACGGCGACUUCAAGACCUGCACUGUGUGGGAUGUGGAGACAGGAGACGUCUACUAUCGAGGCCCUCCAGGCCCUUCUCUUACAGAGGAGGACGUGUUGGAGUUCAAACAAGAAGAGGAGAGGAGGGAGAGGGAGGGCCGGGAGCAGAAGGAGCAUCUCCUCGCGCUGGAGAUCGAGACGAAGGCGAAGAUAGAGUUCCUGGCAAAGAAGGAGGCCCAAGCCAUCCUGGAGGUUGGAGAUUCCUUUGAUGUUGCUUGCUUGCCUCGCUUACUUGCGCUGUGGCAGUAUGAACGUGAGCGACAAACGAGAGAGGCACUUGUGAAGGAAGCGAUCGUCAAGUUGGAGCAGGAAGAGCAGAGUUUGACUCAGCGAGCGAACGGGCCCGUGCAGCAGGAGAGCGCAAUUCAAGCGCAGCCUACGGGCAGGAGCCAGAACUUGAGUGGCCCUGACGGGACAGAGCAGAGCGUGGCUCCCGAGUCUCACAAGGACCAGGAGCCUAGCGGAGGGGAGACGCAGGAUAGCGCCAACGACGAGCUCAGGGAUGAGAUUCAAGUGUUCCAAGAGGCGCAGUACGCGGCAAUGAAAGCGCUGGAACAUCUUUCACUCUAUAAGGCAACUCGAGAAGCAGCUGACUCGGCCGACUCAUGCCCGAUGCAAGCCGGAAGGGACUCGGACGGAGGCAGGAGUGGCGACGAGAUUGUUGUGCCCAAGUUGAACUUUCUCUCCAUCAACGGUAUCACGUCAGAUUGA